AUGUUACGACAACUUUUAUCAGCAACAAAUGGUGUUAGUUCGAGUAAUGCAUUAUCCAGUGAUUAUGAUCAUUGUUCAUUUUAUCCAUUAAGUAGCCGAAAUUUUGAAAAUUCAACAAUGACAUCACCUCUGCCAUCGUUAUCACAACCGUCACUACACUUAUCACAAUCACAAUUAUUACCACAAUUACCAUCAUCAUCAUCAUCAUCAUCAGCAUCAUCAUCAUCAUCGUCAUCAUCAUCAUCAGCAUCAGUAUCAUUAUCGUCAUCAUCAUCAUCAUCAUCAGCAUCAGCAUCGUCAUCAUCAUCAUCAUCAACAUCAUCAUCAUCAUCAUCAUCGGUAUCAGCAUCAGCAUCAUCACUAUCAUUACCAUUAUCAUUAUCACCAACAUCAACAUUACCAUCAACAGAUACUGUAUCAAUAUCAACAUCACAGAACCAGUUCCGGAUUGAUGACAAUAAAAAUUUGAUUACCACCGAAUAUAUGUCAUUGGCCGCGGGUUAUGGCAUGCAAACACCGAUAAUAUCAAAUCAUUUGGAAAUUUUAGACACAAAUAACGAUUUGAAUGAUACAACAGAAUUAUUCUCAUCAACAUAUGCAAUGCUUUCGGCUGAUAGUACAUUAUCAUGGAAUGUUUGGGAUGAACAAACACGAUUUUCAAAUAGUACAAAUGAUUUUACUAGUAAUCAAGUACCAAUGAGCAUAAAUAAUCAUAAUUUUGGUUAUCCGAUACACACAACAAUACCUGGUUGCUCAAAUAAUAUUAGAUAUCAAACAUGUAAUACAAACCGAAUUGAUAGUAAUUAUACAACAAAUUGUCAUGAAUUAAUCAAUGAUAAUCGAUUAGAACUGCAACAACAACAACAACAACAACAAUUACAACAACAACAACAACAACAACAACAACAACAACAACAAUUACAAUUACAACAACAACAACAACAACAACAACAACAACAAUCGAUGCAGCAGCAUGCAGUUGUGCUGCCGAAUAUUAAUGAAAGUAGAAAUUAUGGUCAACAAGAAAAAUGUACCGAAAAUUUGAGUCAAAUAACACAAUUACGAUUUUCUGACUCCAAUCAAAAAAUGAUGAAUCAUGCUACAGGUUUUGGUGAAACAGUUGUCAACAAAUGUGACAAGAAGCAAAUAACGUGUAUGGCGUGUCACGCUGUUUACUCAUCACGUAGAUCACUUACUGGGCAUAUUGGACGUAAUGAAAAAUGUCGAGAAAUUAUCGGUCGAAAUUAUUUAGACCAAAUGGGUGGUUCGAUUGGAAAUAUAGGAUUAUGUGAACCAGGAAAUAUUACAAAUUCGAAUGGCAUUGACCCAGUUUGCCCGUACUGUGAUCGUUUUAUCAGUCAUUAUAAAGGUAAUAUUAGACGUCACGUCAAUCAGUGUAUGAGAUCAACACGUAAUGGUAAUAAACUGAAAAGAAAAGAUACAAUCUUAAAACAAUUCACAUCUGAUACAAAUCAAUUUAAUAAUGGAUGCAAUGAUUUGAUGAUAUUUUCGGAUAAUUAUCAACCAAAUGUCUUAGAAACAUCAAUGACUGCAGAAAAAGCACAAUGGUUGAGUAAUUGUAGUGAUGUAUUAUUGGAACAGAAUUCAAUAAUUAAAACUAAAUUAUCAAAUCCGAAAAGAGAUCGUAGUAAUGAUGAUCCAUUUCGAUGUCCAUUAUGUGAUUUUGCUACCAUUUACAAGGGCAAUAUGAAGCGACAUUUGAGUACCUGUCAUGGCUUACAAGAUGAUGAUCUCAAAGAUGGUUGUAUUGAUAAAAUGAAAUAUAAGGAAGUGAACGAAUCACGUUUAGAAAAUGGAUCACGUAAUAAACGUCCUAGAAAUUUACAACACCUCAAAGUUACAUCAAAAUUAUCAGAAAUUGUCAGUGAUAAUGCUACUAGUAGCUCUUCUACUAUCACUGAUUGUAAUACGAUGAAAAUGAUAUCAGAAGUAGCAAUAGCAGAUGAAGCAUUAUCAACUUUUCCAGUUACUUCUUCUUCUUUUAGUAAUUGCAAACAAGAACAGUUCGCCUUAUCAUUGAUAAAUUCAUCCGCUGAUAAUAUCGCAUUAGAAGCUGGAAAGGAAGGAUCAUUAUCAGAAAUGACUGAAAUAUCAUCAAAUGAUAACACUAAUCAGUUCAUGAGAUUGAACACAAUCGAUGAGACAAUUGAAGCUGUUAUAGCAAAUGGAAAUGAAAAUUCCAUUAAUAAAAUGGACGAAAAGAAAAUGAAAAUUCAUAUUUUCAUUACCAAAUUCGAUUAUGCCAAAGAACGAAACCACACCCAUCAUUAUUAUUGCAAUCGUUGUCACAUAUCGAGAUCGGAAAUUUCACGGACAUGUUGCAUGAAAUGA